UAUAGAUAUUAUAGUUUUUGCGAAACUUGCAUAACGUCGAUAAAUUUUAGAGAAAUGCAGAUAGACCGAUAGAAAGUCGAGAUUAGUGUCCCGCGUGAGUGUGGGCCGUGCGUUUUUAUUAAUUUUUGAGAAAGUGAGGAAUCCGCGUCGUGUGUCACAUCGAGAGAGUGCGCUUUACGCCAUUGUCAUCGCAAUGGUUGUAACAUUUAUGUAUGUAGUACAUAUCGCGCGGUUUAGUACAUCAAGUUCAUGGUGCAAGUCUUUUAUGUAUUCAUGGUCACUGACGAGAUAAUGAUAAUAUCUCGUCGAUGUAUGGUGUGUGAUACAGUUUAGUAAACGGAGUAAAUCACGUCGAUCAACAUGGAGCGUCGAUCAACAAAGCGUCAUCCGUUAUCGCUCUCGUCGCCUUCGAUCGCGUUUAACGCAAUUGCCACGUAUAUGCUCACGUAGACUCACAGCUACCGCUGAGUAGCUCUGCUAGUAGCUGCAAUCAUGUCAUCGAGCAACGCCGAGCAAAGUGUCGCACCGCCACCGAAUAAAAAAAUAAUGAUCUGCGCAAAUGUAUCGCAGCAAGCGCAUCACGUAUCCAGAGCCAAACGAGGACAAGCGAUCGGCAGUAUUCGUGGCUUUCGGGGUUGCACGGUAUGGCUAACUGGUCUCUCUGGUGCCGGCAAGACCUCCAUCUCGUUUCAGAUGGAAGCUAUCUUGGUGAACCAUGGUAUUCCUGCCUAUGGCUUAGAUGGCGACAAUGUCAGAAGCGGUCUAAACCGCAAUUUAACUUUCAGCAAACAAGACAGGAAAGAAAAUAUUAGAAGAGUGGCUGAAGUAGCGAAACUGUUUGCCGAUAGCGGACAAAUCUGUCUUUGCAGCUUUGUGUCACCUUUCGAAGAGGAUAGACAGAUGGCAAGACAGAUUCAUAAAGAAGCUGACCUGCCCUUCUUCGAGGUGUUUGUUGAUACACCCUUAUCACUUUGCGAAGCUCGCGACACUAAGGGCCUUUACAAGAAAGCGCGGCAGGGUACCAUUAAAGCUUUCACCGGCAUCGAUCAAAUGUACGAGAGACCCACAAAACCUGACUUAAUUGUCAAGACCGAGAAUUGCACUCCUGAAGAAUCUGCUUCGACUGUAAUUGAACUUUUAGAGAAGCAUCGUAUCAUUCCACAGCUUGCAAAACCAUCAGAUUUGAUCAGGGAGCUCUUUGUACCGGAUUCCAGGCUAGCUUCCGCGAAAAUGGAAGCGGAAACUCUGCAAAGCGUGGAGAUUAAUGAACUCAACGUGCAAUGGCUGCAAGUUCUGGCGGAAGGAUGGGCGACGCCAUUAACCGGCUUUAUGAGAGAACAUCAAUAUCUUCAGGCCCAACACUUGCGGUGUUUGCUCGAAGAUGGCAAAGAAGUGAACCAAUCGGUGCCGAUUGUUCUUGAGAUAAGCACGAUUGAUAAGAACCGUUUGGAAAAUUCUCUCGCCGUUACCUUGAAGCACAAGCAGAAAGCUUUGGCCAUACUACGAAGACCGGAAUUUUAUUUCCAUCGGAAAGAAGAGCGUUGUAGUUGGCAGUUUGGCACUAAUAACUUGGGUCAUCCCUAUGUCAGGAUGAUUUAUGAUUCUGGAGACUGGUUGAUGGGAGGCGACCUCGAAGUUUUAGAGAGGAUCAGAUGGCACGAUGGGCUUGACAAAUACAGGCUCACACCGAACGAAAUCCGUGCCAGAUGUCGAAAGAUGAAGGCUGAUGCCGUAUUUGCUUUCCAGCUAAGAAAUCCCAUUCACAAUGGACAUGCGCUGCUUAUGCAGGACACAAAGAGACGAUUGUUGGAGGAGCGUGGUUUCAAAAAUCCCGUGCUGCUACUACAUCCGCUGGGUGGUUGGACUAAAGAAGACGAUGUGUCCCUGUACACCAGGAUCUUACAGCACAAGGCGGUUCUGGACGAGGGUGUGCUGGAUGCUAAUUCCACGUUACUGGCUAUCUUCCCCAGCCCGAUGAUGUAUGCUGGACCGAUUGAGGUGCAAUGGCACGCAAAGGCUAGGAUGAAUGCUGGCGCCAAUUUCUACAUCGUAGGUAGGGAUCCUGCGGGUAUACCGCAUCCAAACAAAGACGCCACGCCUGAUGGAAAUUUGUAUGAUCCCACUCAUGGCGCCAAAAUACUCUCUAUGGCCCGAGGUCUUCAUAAUCUUGAGAUCAUUCCCUUCAAAGUGGCUGCCUAUGAUACGCGGAGUGGUAAGAUGGCAUUCUUCGACUCCGAGCGGAAACAAGACUUUGAGUUCAUUUCAGGAACAAAAAUGCGAGGAUUAGCAAAGGCAGGCCAAAAUCCCCCGGAUGGCUUUAUGGCACCUAAAGCAUGGCAAGUACUUGUGCAAUACUACCAAAGUUUAGACAAGAAUUAAAUUUGAACACUCGCCAAUGAGUGUGAUAAAGGUUUGGCCUUUAAACGAUUUGAAAUGAACUUUACCGACCUUAAUUUGAUGUUUGACUAUUGAGUUUUAUUAAUAAUAUAUAAAAAAUAUAUGAGAGAAAGAUGAUAUUCUUUUUUCUUUCUUUCUCCUCUAUCAAAGCUUUAGAUAAAUUUGAAGAAUCGAUUCAGAAAAAUAAAAAAUCCACAAAUUAAAGACAGUGCGGUUAAUUCAAAGCAGCAUGUAUACCUAUAAGGGAAAGUCGAUUUUUUUUAAUACAGGAAAACAAAAUAGAAAGUUGUAAAGCCGGGAGCAGAUGAAAUACAUAAUACAGAGCGCAAGCAUAAGAUCGCUAGACUAAUGAGAAUCUUAUGUAAAUCAGUAUAGAGACUUUAUACUAUAGAUGUUCGUUGACCCAGCAAUCUUAUGCUAUGCUUAUGCUGUGUCAUGCAUUUCAUUUUUUGUGCUCUCGGCCUAAAUCACAUUUAGACUGAGAUGCAAAAUACGCUUAUCUGGUUGAAGUUUGUCAGAGCAUUGAUAAUAUUAUUUUAUUUCAAAACUGAUAUCAGACUAUUCGUUGAAGAACACGUGAGUUCAAACCUGCACUAUUUUCUAUUAAUAGCAAUGUUAAAGAUUGCUAUACAUCAAAAUUUUUAAUAACAAAACACACCAUACAAUACUAAGCAUUGUGACCGAUAAAAUACCUAAUGUGCAUGUUUUUUACAUUUUUAGCGAAAUGUAUAUUAAAUAUUUUAAAUAUUCAAAAUACAUUUAUAUUACUUUUGCACUCAGAUAUCUUCGUGUAUAGCAGUCUUUAUAAUAUAGAAAUACAAUCACAGUGUGAAUGAAUUUGCUGUAAAAUUCUAUCGCAAUCAAUGAUUAAACAGAGAAGAAAGAAAUAAAAGAAUUUUAUUUCUCCUCGAGAUGAAAGGAAGGGAACAUUCCAAUUCUAUUUAGAAGAAUUUUCAAUGGUACAAACAUCAUUGAAAUAAGCAGCAGGACUUUAUACACGCACUUCAAUGAGACUAGAAAGAGAUAAAUAACAUUA